AUGCUAAAUGAUGCAGCAAAGGACAAACAAGACAUAUCCACAUUAAUAAAGGAAUUAAGCGAAAGAAAAAGGAAAAGAAAAGAAAUCUCUGCUAAUUUACAGGGGCCUGCUAAAUCCAAGGAUAUUUUUGAUGAAAAGAUCAAGCUAGAUCAUGUUUUUGGAGAAAGGCCCUCUAAAGGAAUAUUUCAAAAGGCUUGGUCAAGAAUGCAAGGCAUAUGGAAGAGUUAA